AAAUUCCUCUCCAUUAUGUCUGACGGGUCUACUGACACUGCCGUGAUGAACAGGAAAUGCUGUAUACGCGCUUGUGCAACCGAGGCAAAGUGGAGGUCCACUUUGUAGGGAUACAGGAUGUGGAGAAAGCAGACGGUGAGAACAUCGCUCAGGCAAUAGACAACAUGAUGAGGGAGGUCAGUGGAGAAGAGUGGCAGGCCAAGUUGGUGGCAUGUGCAACUGACGGUGCGUCGGUGAUGACAGGGACACGUAAAGGAGUAGUGAGCAGGCUGAGAGGAAGUAACAUGCACGUCCUGGGUAUUCACUGUAUGGCACACCGCCUGGAACUAGCUUUCAAGGAUGCCAUUAAGAGCUGCCCUAUGGCAAAACAGAUUGAAGAUGUGCUGUCAGGACUGCAUACAUUCUAUUGUAAAAGUGCUCUCAACAGGGCAAACCUAAAGCACAGCUUCAAGAUUCUGGGCCAGAAUCCCCUUGUACCAACUAGGGUUGGAGGCACCAGGUGGGUUUCUCACCUCUUCAGGGCCAUUGACCAUUUUUUGAGGGGUUACCAGGGACUUACCCAGCACCUAGACCAGAUUCAGUCACCAGAUGCUGAAGGAGUGAAUGCAGUGCAGAAGAGCAAAGCACGCCACUACUUCCAAACCUGCCGGGAUCCAGCAUUUUUCAUGUUUUGCAACUUCAUGCAUGAUUGCCUGACUCACCUCAGCAGCCUCUCUCUGACUCUUCAAACCUCAGCUAUCACAGUGGCUGAAGUACACAGCUGCCUGACAGCCACCCAAACAGUGCUCACAAAAUAAAAAACCAGGUGAGUGUCAGAGAACUGAAAAGUUGUUUUAAUGUGUUUGCUGCUUAGCUGAAUAUCUUAAAUAAACUUACUAAUGUAAAUGUACCACAGACCUGGGCCCAAGCUGAAAGCCUGUAUGAAGGAGCACGAGAAUGACGACAGCGUCCUAAACCGUGUCAUGAAGGCCAAGUUUGAGCUGCUCGACAAACUCUGCCAGAGUAUGCAAAUUCGCUUCACCGACAUGACCAUAGGGAUUCUCCAAGCUACAAAGUUAGUGAAUCUGAACAGUUGGCCUGACGCAGAUCGCUCUAAAGAAUUUGGUGAAUCAGAAGUGGAGGAAUUAACUACACACUUCCAGAGCAUCCUGACAUCCUCGGGGGUCGCUGUUGAGCUCAUCCCACAUGAGUGGACCAUACUCAAGACCAGACUGUAUGAGGCGGGAGAGAGUCUCCACAUGAAGACCUGGCCAGAAAUCAACAGGUCUUUGCAACCGCAGUGCCCCGACAUCCUCAGCCUGGUUGACCUCAUUCUCACCGUACCAGCUUCUACUGCAGACUGUGAAAGAGGCUUCAACCAAAUGAAGUUAGUGAAAAAUGACUGGAGGUCCCGUCUUACAUCAAGAAGCCUCUGUGACCUACUGACUGUCCAGCUAUCCAGUCCCUCUAUUGAGAAUUAUGACCCCACCCCUGCUAUCCAGCUCUGGCAUCAGGCUAGCAUCCGGCCUAGAAGGCCAGAGUUCAUGGAGGGGAAGAAGAACGCUCAGGAAAGCGCCUCUGAAACUUCAGAAUCUGAUUCUGAUGAGCAGGAGUAAAUUGUACUGGGAGUGGGGAGGAAUGUUAGUUUUUUGUUUAAUCUGCCCUACUCAUUUAAUGAAAUGUAUAUCAGUUCGUGGUUUGUGUAUGUUUAAGAGAGAAAGAGAAAGUGUCAGUGUUUCAUUGAGACUUGAGAUUAAAUAAACUGCUUAAGUAUUGUAGAUCUUGUAGUAUUAAUUUUCACAUGCAGUUACACAUUGUCGGUU